CUGCGAUACUUCCGAACCGACACCGCUUCCCCGUGCGACACAGUGUGGUGGGUGGUCAUGUGGCAUCAGUCGCAUGUUCCAAACGAAGGUUAUGCGUCAUUUUUCUAUCUACCUCUAACGUCGCAGACAAGGUCGUGUUGGCUGCCAUGUACCGUCCAAUUCUAGCAUUGCUUCUCGUGGGUGGACCGGCCGCUAUCGUGGCACAAGAUGAAACGACAGCGCCUGCUGUGCUCGUGACUCGCCCCGGCAUUUGCAAGGGGACUGGGGCUUCAGCCGAUUGCGACAAGUACGGAACGGGAUAUUCCUGCGUCUCGGUGGAGUCGAACAUUCCGGGUAUGACCCUGUUGUCGCAAUGUGUCCGGGGGCAAGCAUGCGGGGGGAACGUGAACGGCAAGUGCCCGACCUUCACCAGUUGGCCAGCCAGCACCCGCGUCGUCCAGCCAAUUUGUGCCUUUGCUGAAGUGCCCAACUGCGAAAACGCUCUGAAUGCUGAUGGAACAUCUGUGGUCGAGGCCAACAAGAACAAGACGGUCACGUGCUUUGAAGCAACCUUUGUCAGUGGCACGUUGACUAAAAAGGUCAAUGGCAUCUACAAGUGUGUGGAUCAAAAACUGUAUCGCGACAAGAGCCUAGGGUUUCUUGAUCUGACCGAGAAGCACUUAAAGGCGUGCGCCGGCAACGUCACGACCGACAACAACGGCGUCCGAGUCAAUCUUGGGCUGUGUAACUCCCACGGGACAUGCGCCCCCAAGUCAUCGUUGAGCGGCGAGUACGGCUGCAUUUGCAACGCUGGCUACAGCUCCGACGACAACUGCUUUGUCGCCAUUGGGAACGUCUGCGACGGGUUUGGUCAAUGCGGUAGCAAUGGCGCGUGCGAUCCGAAAACGGGCCAGUGCGUGUGCAAGCCCGGCGCACGAGGCAACCAAUGCUCGUUGUGCGACGCAACCGCCCAGGCCGACUUAGUGUGUUCGAACCGAGGGAAUUGUGGGAUUGACGGCAAGUGCCUGUGCAACGUGGGUUACGAAGGCCUGCAGUGUGAAACGUUGACGAGACCUGCUAAGUCCAACUCGACAGACUCGACAUCGACCACGCCGACUGCCAAUGGCGACUCGACGAUUGCGGUAUCAAAAGGAGUAGUUGCAAUUGCCACGUUGAUUCCGUGCCUUUUAUUCAUGAUGUAGCAGAUUUCAUAAUUGAAACACUCAUCAGCAUUGAAAUGACA